GAUUGACAGGCUGUGCUGCAAUAGCUAGCCAGGGAGGCAGAUAGAGAGCGCGGAGUGGUUUCCACGGCAACCGCUUCUUUCACGUCAAAUGAAAGUUGUCAAACAUGUGGCGUCAUCACCAUCAUCAUCACCACCACCUGUUGAAUCUGCUGAUGAAGCACCCCCCCCUUUCCUUUCACACACACACACACACACACACGCGCACGCACGUACACAGUGUCCACUGGACCGUGUGGUACCGCUCAGUCAACCUGUUGCUCCGGGCGGUUCUGGUGGUACCUCCUCUACUUUUUGGAGGGAAGUUGUGCGCGCGUCCGAGACUCCUGCACGCUCACCGGUGCGCUUCCUCCUCCUCUUUCUCGGCUGCCGGAUCUUUUCCUCCGCGGUAUCGGUUCUGCGGCUCACAUGAGUGCCCCUCCGCUCAUCCGCGCGCCCAGCCCGCUCCCGUCGUUCUCAGGGGGGGGCAGCUGCUCCGGUCCCGGCGGGCAAGCAGGGGGGGGCGUGAUCUCGUUCCAUAUACAGAUCGGAUUGAGCCGCGAACCGGUUUUGCUGGACUCGGCGGAGCUAAGCCUGGCUCAGGUUCGGGAGGCGGCAUGUAACAUCGUGGACCAGAAGCUCCCCGAGUGUGGAUUUUAUGGGAUGUACGAGAAGAUCCUGCUGUUCCGCCAUGACUCCAGCUCAGAGAACAUGCUGCAGCUGCUGCGCUCAGCCUCGCAGAUCCAAGAAGGAGACCUUGUGGAGGCCAUCUUGUCAGCUUCAACAACGGUGGAGGACUUCCAGAUCCGUCCUCAUUGUCUCUUCGUGCACUCAUACCGUGCACCCACUUUCUGUGACCACUGUGGCGAGAUGCUGUGGGGGCUGGUGCGGCAGGGCCUCAAAUGUGAAGGCUGCGGACUGAACUACCACAAGCGUUGUGCCUUUAAAAUCCCAAACAACUGCAGCGGCGUGAGGAGGCGACGCCCGUCCAAUGUUUCGCUGACAAGCGGGCUGGUCAACAUUCCCCGCCCGCUCUCUGCUGAACCCUCACCCCCUCACUACAGCGACGACGCUUUACUGUCCCCUGUCAGUCCCAACAUGGAGAAGAACCACCUGGACUACUUCCCGGGUCGAGAGCGGCGCUCCAGCUCGCAGUCGUACGUGGGCCGGCCCAUUGAGCUGGACAAGCUGCUGCUGUCCAAGGUGAAGGUCCCUCACACCUUCCUCAUCCACUCCUACACUCGACCCACUGUCUGCCAGCACUGCAAGAAGCUGCUCAAAGGUCUCUUCAGGCAGGGCCUGCAGUGCAAAGAUUGUAAAUUUAACUGUCAUAAACGUUGUGCUGCCAAAGUGCCAAACAACUGUCUGGGUGAAAAUGGAGAGCUGCUGAGCCCAGGGGUGGAGUCUGACGUGGUAGAAGGUUGCCUUGAUGACCACGACCGAGGCGGCAGCCUUCUGGAUGACAUGGACGAAGCACUGAUGUCUGAAGGAAGUCUCCUGCUGGAGACGGGGCCAGGGGACCUUGGCGACCUGCAUGACCCUGAUCUGGAUGAGUCCAACCGGGCCAUCAGCCCAUCGACCAGUAACAACAUCCCCCUGAUGCGAGUGGUCCAGUCGAUCAAACACACCAAGAGGAAGAACAGCAGUGUGAUAAAGGAGGGCUGGAUGGUCCACUACACCAGCAAGGACACUCUGAGGAAGAGACAUUACUGGCGCCUGGACAGUAAAUGCAUCACGUUGUACCAGAACGACACAGGAAGUAAAUAUUAUAAGGAGAUCCCGCUGGCAGAGAUUUUGUCUCUAGAACCCGCUCAGAUGUUUUCGCUGCUUCCUGAUGGUGCCAACCCUCAUUGCUUCGAGAUCGCCACAAUCUCGUUGGUCUACUACGUUGGCGAGAACCUGAAGCUUGGCGGCGACUCUGUGGCGGGCAGCAACAUGCUGGUAAGCGGCGCGGGUCAGGAUGUGUCUCGGAUGUGGGAGAUGGCCAUCAAGCAUGCUCUCAUGCCCGCCGUCUCCACGGGGAUCUCCAACGGUUGUCAUGGCGAUGGACACAAGGAAGUCUCUGUCAGCUUUUCUGUGUCCAAUCGCCACAUCCAGGAGAACGUGGACAUCAAUUCGGUUUAUCAGAUCUUCCCAGAUGAGGUCCUGGGAUCAGGACAGUUUGGGAUCGUCUACGGUGGCAAGCACAGGAAAUCCAGCCGCGAUGUGGCCAUCAAGAUCAUUGACAAACUUCGCUUUCCCACCAAACAAGAAAGUCAGCUGCGUAACGAGGUGGCCAUCUUGCAGAACCUUCACCACCCAGGCGUGGUCAACCUGGAUUGUAUGUUCGAAACGCCCGAGCGAGUCUUCGUCGUCAUGGAGAAGCUCCACGGAGACAUGCUGGAGAUGAUCCUGUCUAGCGAGAAAGGUCGACUACCCGAGCGCAUCACCAAGUUCUUAGUGACUCAGAUCCUGGUGGCACUGCGUCACCUCCACUUCAAGAACAUUGUCCACUGCGACCUCAAGCCCGAAAACGUCCUGCUGGCAUCCGCAGAUCCACUUCCACAGGUGAAACUCUGUGACUUCGGAUUUGCUCGGAUCAUCGGCGAGAAGUCUUUCCGCCGCUCUGUGGUUGGCACGCCAGCAUACCUGGCCCCCGAGGUCCUCAGGAACAAAGGCUACAACCGCUCCCUGGACAUGUGGUCAGUGGGCGUCAUCAUCUACGUCAGCCUCAGCGGGACGUUCCCGUUUAACGAAGACGAAGACAUCAACGAUCAAAUCCAGAACGCUGCCUUCAUGUACCCACCGCACCCCUGGAAGAAAGUCUCCCAGGAAGCCAUCGACCUGAUCAACAACCUGCUGCAGGUCAAGAUGAGGAAGCGUUACAGCGUGGAUAAGACGCUCAGCCACCCGUGGCUGCAGGACUACCAGAUGUGGCUGGACCUGCGCAGCCUGGAAGGCCGCGUCAAUGAGCGCUAUGUCACACACGAGAGCGACGACCUACGCUGGCAUCAUCACGCCCAGCUCGGCGGCCUCCACUACCCCGCCUACCUCGGUGACGGCCAAGGGGCGGAGCUUUACGGGGAGCGGGAGGAAGAGCUUGAGACGCUGAGCGAGCGAGUCAGCGAACUCUGAGCGGCAAAAGUCAACAUCGAGCGCCUGAGAUUUACUGGUAAAAAGCCAAGCGAUAAAAUCUUGUUUUUUUUCUUACAACUUUAUUUUACGAAUUUAGACUUCAUUGUCAUUUCGAUUUUAUGACCAGUAGCAGCUUGUGUAUCAGUGUGCGUUGCUGCAUACCAAAUAAAAGCUAAAUUAUGCUAAA